AUGGCAUCGCCUUCUGCGGCGUUCGAAUUUCGCCUUAAUCGAUGUUUGAACGCCAACGAGACCAGAAUCAGAAACCCUAUGGUAUACCACCCUCACACCCUAAUUGGAAAUGAAUCACCUAAACUUCUUCCUCUGCAAAACCGGGGUGGUCAACACUCGCCUAGCAAUUCACUAGAGGGUAAGACAUCUGAAACAAGCAUAGAGUUUGGAAAUGGUGAAUUCAGCUCGGAGGAGCUAAAGAAAAUAAAGGAGAAUGAUAAACUUGUUGAAAUUGCCAUGGUUGAUCCUAAACGUGAAAAAAGGAUUUUGGCCAAUAGGCUAUCUGCUGCUUGCUCGAAAGAGCGGAAGAUGCGAUACAUUUCUGAAUUGGAGCUUAAAGUCCAAACACUUCAGACAGAGUCAACCACAUUGUCUACUCAAUUUACUUGUCUGCAUAUGGACAAUUCAGCGCUUAAAAGUGAGAACAAUGAGUACAAAUUGAGGAUUCAAGCCUUGGAACAACAGUCCCAACUGAAAGAUGAUGUUUUAGGGUGGUUUGGAUCCGUGGUUGCUGUUGGCAUGGAUUUCAAGUGA